GGCAAGCGUGGGAGCCUCGGGGGGGGGGCGGGGCGGGGGCGCUGGGCGGCCUGCCCCGGAGGGCCCCCCACGGGGGGUUUCGUUAUCCCCACCAUAAGGUUUAAUUGGCGGCCCGGACCUUGGCCAAGCUGCUUCCCUGCCCUGGGAAUUUCCUGAUCUAUAAAACGGAGAUUGGUGGGUGGAAGGACGCAAAGCCAUCCCUAGGGUGCUGGGCAGGGCGCCGAGGAUACGGGUCCAAGAAAAGGGAACCAUCCCUACUCAUUAGCUUACUUGUGCAAAGUGCUCCAGAAAUAAUACCCUCACACUCCCCGGCGUGGGCUCACAUCACCCUUGGCAAGAGGCCACUACGGAGCCACAGCCGAGGAAGGCCCUGGCUGCUUCCUGUCCCCUCCAAGAAGAUGCUUCCCAAGGUGGCCAUCGGCAGCCUGCUCCUUCUCAGUGUGCUCUGGAUGGAUGUGGCCUGGGCGGGCUCCAGUUUCCUGAGCCCUGAGCACCCCAAGACCCAGAGGAAGGAAUCCAAGAAGCCAUCUGCCAAACUUCAGCCCCGAGACAUGGAAGACCCUUUCAGUCAGCCCGGAGGAGUGGAGAAGGGUUUGGAAAUCCAGUUCAACGCUCCCUUUGACAUUGGAAUUAAAGUGGCAGAGGCUCAGUAUCGUCAGUAUGGUCACGCACUGGAAAAGGUCCUACAGGAGAUUCUUUUGGAAGAGAACCAAGGAAAUACAGGAGAAAACUGACACUGGAGAGAGAGAAAGAUGAGCCCCCACAUUUUUCUAACCAACAUGCAUCAUUCCUAGUUUCGCAUUCAUAUUUGCUUCCCUGACAACUUCCUCUAUCUGUGUAUUAACUAUAUGCUGGGGAGAGAAAUAAAAUUCCCAUUGUAGUCCAAGACCUAAAAAA